GACCCAGAAAAAACGAGGGAAAAACCAUCAGAGCCGUUAGAUUAAACGGUAUGGCUCCUAAUUGACACGCAUUUAUGGUUAUAAGCGUUGGUUUGAACAAGGGCCUCCACUAAAAGGGACGGUUGUGAUUUUGGGCGAUGAUCAAAUUAUGAUAUUAAUACAAUAUUCAAGGAAUUUGAUGAAAGUAACAGCGCAUAACCAAAAACCUAUGUGUUUGGAGUCAAUUAAGCCCUCUCUUUUCACUCUCUCUCUCUCUCUGCCCACAGAUCUAAGCAACUUCUCUCUCGCUCUCCCUGUUUUUCUUUUUGUUUUUAGAUAGAUUCGUGAAAAAGAUUUUAUGGAGUCUUUAGUUUCAACCUAACAAUCUCGUUUAAUCUUUUUCUUCUUCUUUUAUAAUUUCCAUCAAUCAAACAUCUCCAACUAUAGCCUAACUUCAUUAACGUUUGUUUUUGUUAACUCCAAAACAAUCCCAUCAAAAAAAAGGAAAAUCGUCAAGGGCUUUUCCCUCUAAACCCUAGUCUUUUUUACAAAAAAAAAAAAAAGGGUUUCAGAUACUUAAGUCAAAAUCUUUGGAUCUGUGGGUUUAUCACUGUUUCAAGAGUUAUAACAUCAGACUUCUUUUUCUCUUUUAGAUUCUUCGUUGCAUGCUUCUGUUUUGAGGUCUUUUAAUUCAUCACUAUGGCUACUUCCUACCCAGGACCCGUUCAGGUUGGUUCGUACUUUGUGGGACAAUACUAUCAGGUGCUACAACAGCAACCUGAUCUGGUUCAUCAGUUUUACUCAGAUGGCAGUACCAUGAUUCGGGUCAAUGGAGAUUCCUCUGAAUCUGCUUCUGCAAUGCUUGAAAUUCAUACCUUGGUCAUGUCACUAAAUUUUACUGCAAUUCAGAUCAAGACGAUUAAUUCUCUUGAUUCUUGGAAUGGAGGUGUUUUGGUGAUGGUUUCUGGUUCUGUUAAAAUCAAGGAUUUUAAUGGCAGAAGGAAAUUUGUGCAAACCUUUUUCCUUGCCCCUCAAGAUAAGGGUUACUUUGUUCUCAAUGAUAUCUUUCAGUUUGUUGAUGAUGGAAUGAUUCACCAACAUCCAGCUUCCACAUUACAAGAAAACAAGUUUGAUGCUCAACUAAAUGUGUCAAGCCCUGUUGCAGAGCCACUAGUUUCUGACUACAUUUUGGAGGAAGAGGCCAGAGAGUAUGUCAGCUCUGUUCAUAUAGAAGAUGAUCCAGUUGACAAAUAUAGUCUCCCGGAGCAACCACAUGAAGAAGAUGAUGAUGCUGAAGUUGUAGUGGAGGAAUCUCCUGCUGAGGAAACUCUUGCUUCACAUCACAGCAUGGUAAACACUGUGCAAGUACCUCCAGCUAUGCCUUUGGAGGAACCUGUUGGGGAGCCUCCAAAGAGAACAUACGCCUCUAUUUUGCGUGUUCCAAAGGAGCAAUCUGCUUCAUCUGUUCAAGUUCAACCUUCUUAUAAUAAUCUUCCCCAGUAUACUUCAGAUUGGGAUUAUACACCAGAACCCACGAGUCAGCAGUCACGUCCUGCUUGGUCAGAUGCUCCCGAAUCUGCAGCAGAGACGGCAGUGGAGGAAGGCUUGGUCUCUGAGGAAGGUGAAUAUACUGGUGAAUACAAAUCUGUCUAUGUGAGAAACUUGCCCUCUACUGUUACUGCCACUGAAAUUGAGCAGGAGUUUAGGAAUUUUGGCAGAAUCACGCCUGAUGGCGUGUUUAUCCGGAACCGCAAAGAUGUUGUUGGUGUUUGCUAUGCUUUUGUUGAGUUUGAAGACAUUCUUGCUGUUCAAAAUGCAAUAAAGGCAUCUCCUAUACAGUUGGCAGGAAGGCAAGUCUACAUAGAGGAGCGCAGACCAAAUAGCAGCACUACUCGGGGAGGAAGAAGGGGAAGAGGCAGGGGUAGUUAUCCAUCUGAGGCCUCAAGAGGUCGCUUUGGUUCUCGUAGUCUGGGUAGGGGAAACAGCCAAGAAUCUGGUGACCACAGAUCAAGAGGCAAUGGUUUCUAUCAGCGAGGUUCUAGAUAAGACAGCAUCUUGCGAAAUCGAAUACAAGUUGGUUGAACUUUUCAACUUCUGGCACACUGGGUUUUCUUGAAUCUUGGGGGUGAUUUGAGGGUUGGUAUCGGUGACUUCAGAAAAUAUGCUUGUACUUUUUCAGAGUGUGUUAAUCCACAUAAAGGAAUGUUGGCGGACAUUUUUACUUUUAUUUCCUUUGAUAGGUAUAUGUUUCUCCUCUUGAAUUGCUUUUUAUUACGCAGCUCAAGUGGAGAUUUUUUUUUUUUUUUAAUGUUUUUGAUUUGUUUUAUGACUACUGAGGCAAUGUGAUGAUGGCUGCUUUUAUGAUUCUGAGAUGGAA